CAGAUCAACAAACAACUGUUGAGGUGUUCGGAAUACGUCAUCAUCAUGCGACACGCUCGCUCACGAAGGACGCCGGGAAGAAAACUCAUGAACUGAAACGGAUAGAGUUCUUGUCGGAGUGAUGGCGGUGUCUUGUUUGACUCGAGCCCUGAGUUACCUCACCAUCUCUCAGCCUGCCUUGCUGCGCUCUCAGGUCAAAUUGGGUAUCGGGGCAUGUCUGCCAUGGUUAUCGCCUGCAUCCAGUGCUGCGCCAUGCCGGGGCUUCCUCACCACAGCCUCUCUUGAGCAGAACAGUACGAGGUGGAAGGAAAGGGAGAAGUACACAAUUCGACCGAUAGGGAUGAAAAAGACAGGAGGAAGAGAUCACACAGGUAAAAUCCGAACACAUGGCAUCGGCGGAGGCCACAAACAAAAGUAUCGCUGGAUUGAUUUCCAACGCCUGCGCUAUGAUAAACAUGGAGAAGGGGAGCCCUUCGACGAGAAGGUUAUUCAAGUGCGAUAUGACCCAUGCAGGUCAGCUGACAUCGCCCUUGUGGCUGGGGGCAACCGUAAAAGAUGGAUCAUCGCUACAGAGAACAUGCAGGCAGGAAACAUCAUUAAAACAUCACCCGUAAUCGGACGCAUGGCAGUUUCAGCAAAUGAGGGUGACGCCUACCCACUGGGAGCACUUCCUGUGGGCACACUAGUUAAUAAUCUGGAGAUACAGCCAGGGAAAGGAUCAGAGUAUAUCCGCGCUGCAGGGACAAGUGGUCUUCUACUCCGUAAAGUCAAUGGAACAGCCAUUGUUCAACUUCCGUCAAAGCAGCAGGUUCAGGUACUGGAGACCUGCAUGGUCACGGUGGGCCGCGUAUCCAAUGUGGACCACAACAAAAGGAUCAUCGGUAAAGCAGGCCGCAACCGCUGGCUUGGCAUCCGCCCAUCGAGUGGCCUCUGGCAGAGGAAGGGAGGCUGGGCCGGACGCAAGAUUAAACCGCUGCCGCCUAUGAAGAGUUAUGUCAACCUGCCCUCCAUCGCAUCUCGCUCAAUAUGAACACAUGCUUGGAAGAAAGGAAUACUUUGUACAGAAGAUUAAAAAUUUUAUUAAACACAA